AUGAGUGACAUCUGGAGUGCUGUGCAAUGGUGGGACGAGUGGCAGCUUCGCAUCCUCGUCCUCAGCAGCCUUAGCCUCCAGUGGUUCCUCGUGCUGGUCGUCCCCCUGCGCAACUACACCAUCCAGCGCUGGCUCAGAGCAUGCUUCUGGCUGGCGUGCAUCUGCGCCGACGUCCUGGCGAUCUACGCGUUCGCCACCCUCUUGUAUCGCCAGGCCGCCGGCAGGUGGAUCAGCAGCUUCGACGACUACUACAGCAGGGCCCAACAAGGGAGGUCCCUGACGCUGGAGGUCCUGUGGGCACCUCUCCUCCUUGUCCACCUGGGCGGGCGGGAGGAGCUCACCGCCAACAACAUGGAAGACACGGCGCUCUGGGUCCGGCACGCCGCGGUCCUGGUUACCGUCACCGUGUACGCCUUCUCCACGUCGUUGCGCUACUUCAGCGACAACAGCGACGGCAGGAGGCUGCUGGCGUCGGCGGUCCUCCUGCUGGUCGCCGCGGUCGUCAGCUCCUGCGGGAAGCCGUGGGUUCUCAGGAGAGCCAGCGUCCGCCGGCUGGUGGCCAAGUCGUCGCUGGCGAAAGGAGCGAGGACGACGAAGACGAAGACGAAGACGAAGACGAAGACGAAGACGAAGACGAAGCAGCCUAGCGGCGGGUGGUGGGAGUGGUGCUUCACCGGGCUGGGCGACAGGUACAAGUGCUGGAAAGAGCUGAAGCCCCGCGGCACCGCACCGAUGCUGUCGCAGGGAGACAAGGUGCAGAUGCUGCUCUCGGGCCUGUCGCUGCACGCCGCUAGAGCAACGCUGGAGACGCGGAAGAAGAAGAAGCCAGAUCAGAAGAUCCUCGAGCCUCUCAAUCCCUGGCGGCGUGAACAGCAUCAAGCCCUGGAGCCCUCAGAAGUUGACAAGAUCAUGAAGCCCUGGCUGCGCCAAACGUUCGGGCUCAUCUACACGAGGGAAGCCGCGAUGUUCACGCCGGCGUACCUGGCCUGCCACGCGCUGCUGGUGCCGUCCCUGUACGUGGCCGCCACCGUGCUCUUCUUCUUCGCGGUGGACUACAAGAAGCAUGGGUACAGCAGGUACAGCAGAGCCGACGUCAACACGACGUACCCUCUGCUGUGCUUCACCGCGGCGCUGGAUGUCUUCGGCAUGUUCGUCAGUGAGAUGGUGCACUGGCUGUUGUCGUCGUCCGGUGGAGCGUCGUCGUGCGAGAACGUGCCGGGGCAUAACCUCAUGGACUCGGUUCUCUGGACGAUCAGGAGGCCGAGAGUGUCCAUGCUGCUGCUCUGGUGUUACAAGGGAGGUUCUUUCGUCAAGGACAAAGAUCGCCUGUACGGCAAGGUGGAAGACGAAGACAAAAACAAAAACAAAGACGACAAGGUGGAAGACAAAGACAUCAUCAUAAACAAGGUGAACAUCAUCUUAAACAAGGUGUCAGAGAAAGACAAAAACAAAGAGAAUUUCGACCUCGACCUAUCCAGUUACAGAAGCUUGAGCAAGCGCAACUGGAUUCUCAGGGACAAGGACCUGGAAGUAGUUCACGGCAACAAGUACCAGAACAUCCGGGCCAGUCUGCGUAAGAAGCCGUUUGACGAGAGUGUCCUCAUCUGGCACAUCGCCACCGACCUCUGCUUCCGCGUCAAGUCUCCCGACUACUUCCGCUUCAGGCCACCGCCUAAAGGGGUGGUUCGUGAAGUGUGCACGGAGGCGAUAUCCAAUUACAUGGCCUACCUCCUGGAUUUCCAGCCCGAGAUGCUGAUGGCCGGCAGCAGGCAACAUCUCUUCACCGAAGCCAUGGCAAACAUGGAGUGCGUCAUCAGAAAAGCCACCAAGGGGUUGAGGCCCAAGCUCAGAGAGAAGCAACCGUUGGAUGACGUGAUCCUAGGCAAGAUCAAGGAAGAAGCAGAAAAAGAGGCGUACACCGUCAUUGACGACGCUUGCAAGCUCGCAAAGGAGCUGCUGGGCAUCCAGGACCACGAGACCCGGUGGGAGCUCAUGCACCGCGUGUGGGUGGGCAUGCUCUGCUACUCUGCCAGCAUGUGCAGGAGCGACCUGCAUGCCAAGAGCUUGGGAGAAGGCGGGGAGUUCCUCUCCAAUGUCUGGCUCCUCAUCUCACUGAUUGGGGGUAGGACCUUAGCGGACAAACUCCAGAUGCCUGAUGACGACCCAGAACCAGAAGGCAAGGUGGUCGAGGAUCCAGCAAAGGACAAGGGAGAACAAAAACCAAAACCAGAAGCAGCAGACAAGGAUCUUCAGACGCGGGACUCGGAAUCAAAAGACGAGCGGCGUAGUAAGGCUGCCAAUAUUUUUAGACAAGGUUUUGAUGCUGGACGGGAAAGGUGUGUCAAAAACAUUGAGAAUCGUGGGAAAGUUCGGUUCGCUCAAAGGACAGGAUCUAGAUGCUUCAUUGCGCACACCCAUGUCCUGAAACAAAAUAAAUAUAAAGAUGUGGCGCCCACUGCAAUCGAUCUUUUCAAGGAAUUACACUGCAACAGCAAGACCGGUUUUUGUGAGCCUGUGAAGGAAAAUAUUGACCAAAUGGAUACCAUGAUGGCUCAGCCUACACCAGAAGGGGAACAACCAAAGACUCAUGCUGAAGUUGUUGCUCAUGUUUUGCCAUCAAGUAAAUUUCUUCGAAAUGUUGGCCUUGAGACAACAGUCCCCAAGAGAAGCGCUACCACUGCUGCACGUGUACAAGAGUUGGAGGCUGAAGUUGCGGUAGAGAAACAAGGUGCUGCAGCACUUAGAGACCAACUUCAUGGUCAGCAGGAUGAGUUGGAAGUGUUGAAGAAGAAGGUUGAGGAAUCAGAGGAAGCAAGGGAGAAGCAGGCAGAACAAAUUGAAAAUUUGAAGAAACAAGGAGAGGAAACCAAUGCUCUUCUUCGUCGGUUGUUCACCUUGAACAAGGACUAG